AUGAUUUCGCCCCAACCACUGUGGGAGCAACUGAGCACAACAACUCUGACCGACCUUAUGGAAUCCAGUUUUUGUGGUGGAGCAAGUCAGCACAGAGGCGAUGAAGAUUUAGCAGUUUAUGAAAACGUUCCAUCAAACACCGUCUUUCAGGCAGUGGACAAAGCUGACGUCAAUCUUUGGGUUUUGUCCGAAGGAAAACAAGUUCAGUUAAGACAAAGUAAACUUAAUGGUUCUGUUUCAGAGAAAAAAGAAGCUAGCCAGUCCCUCGAGGCGUUCGUGCUCGGUGCUUGCAGGAAUCCAUCUUUGGAUGCUUUGAGUACUUUGUAUGAUAUCGUUAUGAAGCCGGUGGCUGACCUGGUUCAAGGGGAUGAGCUAGUCAUUAUUCCCGAUGGACCCCUGUGGCUCGCUCCUUACGCUGCAUUGAAGGAUGGUAAUUCUAAAUACCUGUGUGAAUCGUUCAGAAUCCGACUCGCUCCAUCGUUAGCAAGUCUUAGACUCAUUGCCCAUUGUCCAGAUGAUUAUCACAAAAGCAGUGGUGCGUUACUUGUAGGAGAUCCGUGGGUAUCCGAGGUUACUAACAGCGAGGGACAGAAAGUCCUCGAGCAGAUUCCGUGUGCUAAAGAAGAAGUAGAAAUGAUCGGAAAAAUUCUGAAUAUCACGCCAAUCACUGGCAGACAGGCCACGAAGAGUGAGGUGUUGAAAAGACUCGGUUCCGUUUCCUUAAUUCACUUUGCGGCACACGGAAACAUGGAAAAUGGCGAAAUUGCUCUUACACCUGACCUAGACCGAAUAUCUUCUGUGCCGACGGAGGAGGAUUACAUUUUAACAAUUGGAGAUGUGUUGAAUGUUCAAAUUCGCGCCAAACUUGUUGUGCUUAGUUGCAACUACAGUGGUCACGGCGAGAUCAAGGCUGAAGGUGUGGUUGGUAUCGCGCGCGCUUUUAUGGGGGCUGGUGCUCGGUUUGUUUUGGUGUCCCUGUGGGCGAUUGAUGACGAGGCUACUCUCGAGUUCAUGAAAAGCUUUUAUCAACACCUUGUAGAAGGUAAACCUGCAAGCGAGUCACUGAACCUGGCCAUGAAAAGUCUCAGAGAAUCAGAUGAGUUCCACGACUUCAGAUACUGGGCGCCCUUUUCGCUGAUUGGAGAUGACAUCACUCUUGACUUCAAUGCAAAGGAAAGAGAAAAUUUAAAUUUUACUUUUUCGUUAAAUGGAACUUGA